AGUUUUUUUUUGGGACCCAGUUCACGAGCCUCGUUUUCGAAUACCGCGCUCCAAAAUCGAGUGCCGUCACCGUCAUUGUAGUCGCCCAUCCCUCUAUUUUAAAUUAAAAAUUAAUCAUUUCAUCCCCGCACUUCCCCUUUAAGCUUCCGUAAUGAAAAGAUGUCUGUUCUUGAAAACCGUGUGUUGUGCCUCUUGCAAGCUAAAAAAAGGGGACUUACACUGAAAGCAGACCCACCGGGGAACCAAAACCGAUGUUUUUAUCAAUGUUUGGCUUCCCAUUUUUCGUUGCAAGAGGAAGAGGUUUUCGAGUUGAUAAACAAUUAUCUUUUGUGCAAUCAACAUGUGGAUUCAAUUGAAAAUGGCACAGUUAAACAUCAAGAUCUUCUGCAAUUUUUCUCGGAUGCUGAUUUUCCUAGUCUGUCAGAGUGUCCAAGUACAUGGGAAGAAUGUAUAAUAUCCCUACGUGAUCAGAUGGCAAAUCACGUUGUUAUUAGAGCAGCUGCAACAAUAUUCUGUAUCAAUUGUAAAAUAAUUGAUUGGAGAGGGAGGAUGACAGUCGAAGUACCAUUUGGUAGCCAAGGAUCAGGAAACUCGGAUGUUUUCUUCGCUUAUACAGGGGAUCAUUAUAUGUUGCUUACAGAUGUCGGUUGCCCAACUGAAUUAUGUGGCCAGAGCAACAUCACAGGUUAG